AUGAUUCAAAGCUCCAAGCAGGUCGUCUUUAUCGGCGCUGCCGGCGAAAUGUGCCGGGUGGCUAUUAACUUGUUUGCCAAAGCAAGCGCUGCACCUCUCUUGCUCGCCGACAUCAACGAGACCACACUCGAGCGUGUAGCCUCCGAACUCCCAGAAGGACGUGCAACGACACGCAAGCUCGACCUUUUUGACCCUACUGCUCUCCGCGAGAUAGUCCAGGGCGCCGCACUAGUGGUGCUUGGCGCCGGUCCUUAUGCCCGGACGUCAAUGCCAGUCCUUGAGGCUUGCCUUGAGGCAAGAGUUCCCUAUCUCGACUACGACGACGACGUGGAGAGCACGCAGGCCGCGCUUGAAUUGAAUGAGAAGGCUAAGAGUCUUGGUGUCCCUUGUUAUCUUGGUUGCGGUGCCUCGCCGGGUAUGAGCAAUAUUAUGGUGAUGGACGCUGUAAAAGGCCUUGAUACAGUGGACAAUAUCGACCUCUGCUGGUGGGUCGGUGACGAAAGAGGUGCCGGAACAGGCAAGGCAGUCAUUGAACACUUUCUCCACAUCACUGCAGGACCCUGCUUGACAUGGGAGAAUGGCAAGCCCGUGGUUCAUGAAAGCUUUGUUGAGACUGGAUAUGCUCCUCUCAUACCGGGCCACGGUGAGACUCUCUUACACGAGACCGCUCACCCCGAGCCGGUGACGCUUCCACGGCUUUUCCCAAACGCUACUCGAAUCCGGUGUCUCGGUGGGGUUGAUCCAGUCCCAUUCCAGGGCUUGGGACGUGGCCUCGGGACAGCAGUCCGUACGGGCCGUAUACCAAUGUCGACUGCCGUCGAUUUUAUUUUCGGUCUGAUGAACGAGCCACCUUCAGCUGAAGGUUUCAGCGCAGCUAUGGGCUUCCUCAAGGAACAAUACCGAGGCGGUGAUAUUUCGGUGAAAGAGCUGCUUCAGUUAGGAUCCCAUGCUGUUGAGACUGUUGCACCAUGGCGGUACGGCUUUGCUGGUAUGUUCGACCAAGUCCGUGAGGGAAAGGUUUCCACCCUCGAGUUGUUGAGUUUUCUCAUCAACUCGGCUCGCGGCAAAACCGUCCCAAUACGGUCCGGUUUACUGGCUCGUGUCACUGGAACCCGCAAUGGGGCUCCGGUUGUAUCGAUGAGACGCAUUCCUACGACUGGCAAAGACGCCUUUUUGGGAAAGAGUAUGGGUGCUGUGACCGGAGCUUCUACGGCAGCUUUCAUGCUGCUGGCAAUGGAUCCAGAGAACAAGAAGCGCGCCGGUGUCUUGUGUCCCGAGGACUGGGCUGAGCCGCAAUCUUUCUACGAGGCUCUUGAGCGCAUCGGAUGUCCAGCGAAGGAUAUUGUCGAAUCGCUCUGA